AUGUCCUUACCUCGUACAGCAGGGGGCGCUGUCUCCGUCCUCCGGCCUCAGCGGAAGCAGCAGCAGGAGCGGGAGAGAACAGACAGAGCACGGGCUCGUUUUGUGUGCAUCAUUCACACCGUGCAUCAGGCAUUCACCCGCUCUCUGGGCCGGUCCAGGUUAUUUUCCCGUACCGCGGCAGACCUCUCGUGUCCCGGCAGACCUCCCGUGCCCCGGCAGACCUCCCCUCGCGUGGCCCUGUGUCUGCGCCUCCCUGUCCCCGUGUGGAGCACAGUCUGA